AUGGCUGAGGUCAACGAUACGACUGCGCUGGCAAAGGCGACAGCGAAAACCAGUCACAAAGAUGCCGCUCAAACAGCAAUCAGGUCCGACGAGAGCGCCAGCGAGCCGGCUGACAAGCGCGACUCUGCCUCGGGGCGGCAGGUCUCGGUGUCUACGGAUGAUGGUGGCGUGCUGGAGAUGGGAGAGGAGGAGUGGAGGGCGGCGGAGAAGAGCCUGGUGCGCAAGCUCGACAUGCUGUUGAUGCCCACGCUGUGGAUCCUCUUCAUCUUCAACUACCUCGACCGUAAAAACAUCUCACAGGCCAAGCUCAGCACGUUUGAGAAGGACCUAGGCCUGGUGGGGAACGAGUUCAACGUUGCCGUGUCCAUCCUCAACGUUGGCUACAUGCUGAUGCAGUUGCCGUCAAACAUGCUCCUGACCCUCGCCCGGCCCUCCCUCUACCUCCCCUUCUGGACCUCUCUCUGGUCCAUUGUGUCAGCCGCAACCGCCAGCGCAAAGUCCUUUGGCCACCUGGUGGCCAUCCGCUUCAUCCUCGGCUUCGUCGAGGCCCCCUUCUCGCCGGGCGCAAUGUACCUGCUCGCGUGCUGGUACCCGCGCCGCGAGCUGGCCCUGCGCAUGUCCAUCUUCAUGACCGGCCUGCCGGUCGCCACCGCCUUCGCAGGUCUCAUCGGCGCCGGGGUGCUGGGCCGGCUCGAGGGCGCCAGGGGCAUCGCCGGCUGGCAGUGGCUGUUCAUCAUCGAGGGCGUGGGCAGCUUCGCCUUUGGGCUGGCAGCGAUCGCCCUGCUGCCCGACUUUCCGGACCAGAAGAGGCGGAGGUGGUCCCUCGCGCGCUGCCUCAUCACCGAGCGCGAGCGCCGCGUCGCCGAGGAGCGGAUCCGUCGCGAUCGCGUUUCCCUGCCCGUCACGGGCGAGAAUGGUGUUUUCCACGGCUUGAAGCUCGCCGUGCUUGAUGUUCGGACGUGGAUCUUUGUCCUAAUGGUAACAGCCAACCACGCCGCCUACGGCUUCCUCAACUUCUUCCCGACCAUCGUCAAGGGCUUCAAGCUCGGCGGGCAGACCGAGACGCUCCUGCUGACGGCGCCACCGUACCUGGUGUCGGCCCUCGUCGUCCUGUACGUCGGGAUAUCGUCCGACAAGAGGAACGAGCGCGGCCAGCACGUGGCCAUCCCGCAGAUCAUCGCCUGCGUGGGCUUCAUCAUCACGGCAGCGACGCAGAACGGCCCGACGCGGUACGCGGCCGCGUUCCUGUACAUCUCGGGCAGCUUUGCGAGCCUGGCGCCGCUGUUUUCGUGGGCGAGCUCGACGCUCGGCGAGACGCCACAGGAGCGGGCGUGCGCGCUCGCCAUCGUCAACCUCAUCGGCCAGCUCGGCAACAUCGUGAGCCCUUAUUUCUUCCCGCCCGAAGAUGGUCCGAGGUUUUUGAUGGCCAACAUGCUCAUGAUGAUGUGCUCGGCCAUCGUCGUCGUGGCGAGCGCCGUCAUGAAGGUCAUGCUGAAGCGCGCCAACGCCGAGCUCCUGAGGAACAACCCCGAGGCUGUGGUUUAUACUCUGUAA